AUGCCGCAGGUGGAGAACUACGACGGAAACAAGGACCCGUUGGACCACUUGGAGUCUUUCAAGACCCUAAUUCGCCUUCAGGGGUUACUAGACGAGAUCAUGUACAAAGCCUUCCCCACCACAUUGAAGGGCCCCAUAAGGAUCUGGUUCAGCAGGUUGACGCCUAACUCCAUUAGUUCCUUCAAAGAGCUAAGCACCCAGUUCGCCUCGCACUUCAUCGGGGGACACAGGUACAAGAAAUCUACUACAUGCCUGAUGAACAUUAAGCAACGGGAGGAUGAGAUGCUAAGGUCCUACAUAACUCGUUUUAACAAGGAAGCACUUUCGAUUGACGAGGCUAAUGACAAAAUCCUAGUAGCAACCUUCACAAACGAGCUAUGGAAGGGUAAGUUUUUAUUCUCCUUGUACAAGAAUGACCCGAAAACCAUGUCGGAUGUGCUUUACAGGGCCACAAAGUACAUGAAUGCUGAAGAUGCAUUGCUGGCACACGAAGAGAAACCUAAGAAGAGAGAGAGGCAAGAGGAAGCCCAGCAGGAUAGGGGUAGAAAGAUGGCUAGAAUAGGAGAUAAAAGAGAUGAUCGACGAUUCGAGCCCCCGACGGGGAGGUUCACAAACUUCACCCCCCUGAAUACCUCGAUUGAUCAGUUCUUGAUGCAGAUCAAAGACGAAGGAGCCUUAACUUUCCUCGGAAAAUUGAAGGGUGAUCCUAGUAAGAGGCCCAGGGAUAAAUAUUGCUGUUUCCACCGAGACCACGGCCACGGCACAUUUUAUUGUUAUGACUUGAAACAACAGAUAGAAGCCCUCAUUAGGCAAGGAAAACUGCAAAAAUUCGUUGGCAAGGAAGGAACAGAGCAAAACCAAGGAGCACCAGCCCGGAGACAAAACGAGUGA